AUGCCUCUCAAAAGGCUGGAGCUGUCAAACUUCAAGUCGUAUAGAGGACAGCAGGUGAUCGAUUUCGGAGAUGCACCCUUCAUGUGCAUCAUCGGACCCAACGGUGCUGGCAAGUCCAACCUCAUGGACGCCAUCUCCUUCGUUUUGGGUGUCAAAUCGGCCCAACUCAGGUCCACUCAACUCAAGGAUCUCGUCUAUCGUGGGAGGAAGGCCGCUCAAGCUGAGGACGAAACCAUGAGUAUAGAAGACGAUGGAGAUUCUCAAGCGCACUCCAAUGAUGCCCGGACGGCAUACGUCAUGGCCGUCUACGAGGACGACAAAAAUAAGGAAUGGAGAUUCAGACGCAGUAUCACAACAACUGGAGCCUCCACUUACUACCUGAAUGGGAAAGCCGUUCCUUGGAAUCUGUAUAAUCAGCAGCUCGAAAAGUUCAACAUCCUAGUGAAGGCCAAGAACUUCCUCGUCUUUCAGGGUGACGUGGAAGGCGUCGCCAGUCAAGACAGCAAGGCCUUGGCCAAGCUCAUCGACAGGAUCAGCGGGUGGGCACUGUCACGUCUCGGUUCCCUGGACUUGGCACCUGCCUACGAAGCCUCCAAAGCGGCUCAGGAAAAAGCGACUGAUGCUAGCACAGCAAACUAUGCCAAGAAACGAACCAUGUUGACCGAAGUCCGACACUUCAAAGAACAGAGGGAAGAGAUCAAACAAUGGGAAAAGCUGAGAGACGAAAAAGAUGCCUUGGUGCAGCGGCAUCUCCUUUGGCGUCUCUAUCACCUGACCGAAGAGAUUAACGAGUCCACCAAGCAAGUAGAAGAAGCCAACGAAAAAUUGACAGAUUUACGUGCUGCAGUGAAUGACAAUGACAGCAAAUUCCGCCUCGCCAAGAAAGACCAGAAUCAAGCGUUGUUGAACGUAAAGAAGCGUGAGGCCGGAGUGAAGAGGGCCGAGAAGGCUUAUGACGACAAACGCCAAUCUGACAGCCUGGAGACUCUGCAAAGAGGUGCAGCAGAUGUCAAAAAGAGCAUGGCUGAGGCUGUCGAACGGCAAAGGAAAGCUAGUCAGGCGAAAGGGAAAACCUUGUCGGCAGCUGAUCUUGCCGAGUAUAGGACCCUCCGGUCUGCAGCCAACCUUCGUGCCGUAUCAGAACGACAGCAACUUGAGAGUCUUCAUCGCGAGCAGAAGAACCUACGUGAUGCCCUCGCCUCGGCCGAGGACAAGAUUCAACAAGCUGAACGACGCAAAACCAAACUGACAGAAGAAGUGAACAGCUUGUCCAGUAGGGAGGUAUCAAUGUCCGAUAAGUUAGCCGAACUCAACGAUGAAAGGGAGCGUCUAAAAGCUCAGUUGGAACAUGCUCAAGCUGAACGAGAGCGAGUCAACAUGAAGGUGACCGAGAUCAACGAGAAACUCCAGGAAACAUACAACAAGUUGUUACAGGCAGGGGUUGACAAGCGUGAAUCAGAGCGGGAGGCCAAGCUGAAGGAAGUCUUGCAGAGUCUGAAGCGCGUUUUCCCCGGAGUGCACGGUCGCGUCGUCGACCUCUGUAAACCUACGGCUCGAAAGUACGACACAGCUGUCAUGACUGUCCUAGGGCGACACAUCGAUGCUGUGGUUGUGGAGCAGGAGAAAGUGGCCAUUGAUUGCAUCGAGUACAUGCGCAACCAACGCGCUGGUCAAGCUACCUUCAUUCCGCUUGACACGAUCCAAGUUAAGCCUGUUGCGGAACGACUGCGAAAUUUUGCUCGUGGUGCUCGUUUGGCCUUCGACUGCAUAGAGUAUGAACCCGCAGUUGAGAGGGCGAUGCAGCACGUCUGUGGCAACGCUAUGAUUUGCGACUCCAUGGACAUCGCCAAGCAGAUUUGUUAUGACAAAGGCCAAGAGGUCAAGGCGGUGACUUUGGAGGGUACAGUGAUACACAGAAGUGGUCUGAUCACUGGAGGUCAAGGAUCCGGUGGCUCUCGCAAGUUCGAUGACCGGGAGGUUCAAGGUCUUCAACGACUGAAAGAGCAGUAUCUUCAGCAAUUGCAGGAUCUCAACCGUGCGAAGCCCAAGGAUAACGCGGACGAAGGGGUGCUAGAAAACUUGGCCAGACUUGAUGCCGAGGCGACCAUCGCAAAGGACGAUCUUGUAAGGGUGUUCUUCAAGCGGCAGAAAUUCCAAGCUGACGCUCAGGACGCGACUCGCCUUCGGCUGAAUGGUUUACGAGCUGAGCUCAAUCACGUGGAGUCUGAUUUCAAGAAGCUCUCCCCUGAUCUGGAAAAACGGUCUCGAGCAGUUAGGACUCUGGAACAAAAGACUGCCGAUCUCGCCAAAACGGUCAACACUGCAGACGACGAAACAUUUGACGCUUUCUGCAAAAAGAUUAAAAUCAGCCACAUCCAAGAAUAUGAGGAUGUCCAACUGAAGUUAGCGACGGAGGAGAGUGAGGCGCUCGAGGCCUUCACGACCCAGCAGGCUCGCAUCAAUCAUCAAAUCGAAUUCGAGACAUCACAAUUAUCUGCGACUCGUGAACGUCUUGCCUCAUUGCGGGCCACUAUCGACCGCGAGAAUCAUAACGUCGAUAAAUUGCGUUCUUCGAAGAGAGCUCUCGAGAAAGAACUCGAUCAACUGCAGGCUGAGAUUGAACACCAGCGAGGCAAGCUCUCCAAUGCUCAGGCUGCAUAUGACAAAGCUACCGAUCUGGUCGAGGAAAUGCGCGAUGCUACCAGAAAGACUCAGCGGAUGCUCGACAAAGUGCUCAAGGAGAUUGGAGGGUGGAACGACGAGAUUGAAAAGGCAUCCUCAGAUCGGCAUGCCAUUUAUCGUCGUUGUCGGCUUGAAGAGAUCGAUCUUCCGCUUAUUCGCGGCUCGCUCGAUAAAGUUCCUAUCGAGGAGAAUCUGCAAAAGGAUGGAGAGUCCAUGGACGUGGAUGACGACGGGACCCAACGUCCAGCAAGGAGCAACGACUACGGUAUCGAACCCGACUUCGACGUGCUGGAGGACGAGGACAGGGAGAACGACGCUGAAGAGCUGGGCCACAAUUUUGAGGCGCAAAUUGCGGCACUGAAGGCCAAUCUGGAUAAGAUGAUUCCUAACAUGAAAGCCAUCGAUCGGCUUGCCGACGUUCAAACCGGGCUGGAUGAGGCGGAAAGAGAAGCCGAGGAGACUCGACAAGAGAGCAAACGGGCCAGAGAAGAAUAUCAGCAAUUACGCAAGAAGCGCUGUGACCUCUUCAAUAAGGCAUACAAUCACAUGACUGGGUGUAUCGACAAGAUUUACAAGGAUCUCACUAAAAGUAAGACAUUUCCCACCGGAGGUGUCGGCUUUCUCAGUCUCGAAGACGCCGAGGAACCUUAUCUCUCUGGCGUCAAGUACAACGUCAUGCCUCCUGGCAAACGAUUCGCUGAGAUGGAUCAGUUAUCAGGAGGUGAGAAAACGAUGGCCGCGUUGGCCUUGUUAUUUGCCAUUCAUUCCUUUCACCCGGCUCCGUUCUUCGUGCUCGACGAGGUGGACGCCGCGUUGGACCCGACGAACGUGUCCAAGCUGGCGCGAUACGUUAGGGAGCAAGCGGAGAAGGAAGUGCAGUUUCUGAUCAUCUCGUUAAAGACCACACUAUACGAACACGCGGAUGGCUUAGUGGGGGUUUAUCGAGAGCAAGAAGAGAACUCGUCCAAGACGUUGACUCUUGAUCUCCGGAACUACGUGGAAUGA